AUGCCGGACAAGCACAAGCUCAAACUUUUUUCUUUCAAACACCAGUCCGGUGAUGACGAACUAGGUCCAGAGUUGUCCAAUCAGCUGACGCACGGCCGCAAGUUUUUGGGGUUCCAUAUCGGCCGCCACGAGUCAGGCGAACUGCUAACGUCGCCUACGCUUACGAACUCACUGGAUAUGGCCCAUGGGCACGUUAAUCAUGGCGGUGGGGCAAAUGGAACCGGUCCUGGAAUUGGUCCAUCUCCAGCGACUCUGGCAGCGCAAUCUCCUGGAUCUCCCAACCAUAAUGGUCCACCUUCCAAGUCAUCGUCUAUGGUGGAACUCAAGCGUUUUUUCAAGCCGGCAAAGAAAGCUCCAACAAAAACUUACGAUAACAAAAUACACUCACCUCCCACUCUCGCCGGUGCGGGCCAACCCAACCAUAUUGCCCACGGCUCACAACUGCAUGCUUCGCUAGCCAAUCUCAUCAGCCAGACGUCGUCGCAACUCUUACACAGUGCAGUGACGUCCAGCAAUAAGGAUCCGUUGACGGAUGACGAAUCGCAUCUUGUGAAAAAAUACGGUAAGGUGGGAAAGGAACUUGGUUCUGGAGCGGGAGGCUCGGUCAAAUUGAUUGUCAGACCUUCUGAUGGACGAACGUUUGCCGUUAAAGAAUUUCGGCCUCGCCGUAGUACCGAAUCUAUGAAGGAUUAUACCCGUAAGUGCACGGCCGAAUAUUGCAUUGGGUCCACCCUCCGUCAUCCCAACAUCAUCAAAACCAUUGACAUUCUCUUGGAGAAUAACCGAUACUUUGAAAUCAUGGAGUAUGCCCCAAUAGACUUCUUUGCCGUUGUUAUGAGUGGACGUAUGUCUCGUGCCGAGAUCAAUUGUUGCAUGAAACAAAUCAUCGAGGGAGUUUCUUACUUGCACAGUUUGGGGCUUGCUCACCGUGACUUGAAGCUCGAUAACUGUGUAUUGUCGGAUGAAGGUAUUUUGAAGAUUAUCGAUUUUGGAAGUGCGGUCAUUUUCAAGUACCCAUACGACCAACAUGGAGGUAAAGAUACCGUCCAUCCUGCCCAUGGAAUCGUGGGUUCGGAUCCUUAUCUUGCACCCGAGGUACUCAAAUCCCCCAAUUCAUAUAGUCCUCAGCCGGUUGACCUUUGGUCCAUUGCCAUAAUUUACUGCUGUAUGACACUCAAGAGGUUUCCUUGGAAAAUUCCCAACUCAGAAAAGGACAAUUCUUUCAGGCUCUACUCGAUGAAGGACGACAGCUGGCAUGACUACGCCUUGAGCAACGAGUGCCACAAGUUGCUACUUCAACAGCGUCGGUUGAAAAAUAUGUUGAAGCAGCGCGAAGAAGAAAGCAACGAAACCGGCGACAAGAAUAUGGAAGAAUCCGAACCUCCUACGGAAGACGACGACCGAGAACAGACCCCAGACGAGAAGCACGCCAACGCUGGGGACGGAAAUUCUCCAUUACCAACCACAUACACCAUCGAAACCAUCCGCGCCCAUAUCGCUUCCAUCGAUGCCAAGUUAAAAGAAUAUGAAGCAAUCAAAACCGAAAUGAAAGCCAAGUACGCCGAGCAUAAACGAGACCAUGAAGAGAAGGAGGAACCACCUGCUGAAGAAGAAGGGUCUCGUAGAAAGAAACACAAACAAAUCCACGGACCUUAUCGACUUUUACGGUUACUACCCCAUGCAUCUCGACCUAUAAUACACCGCAUGCUUCAAAUAGAUCCGAACAAGCGUGCUUCUUUGGAGGAAAUUUUGAAUGACGAAUGGAUCAAGGAUAUUCGGUGCUGCACACUCAAGCUGGUAGCACGAAGCGGUGAGAACGAAGGUGCCGGAUUCGAGGAAGAUGAAGACGAAAUCUUUGUCCGCGGUGUUCCAGAACACGAGCACACCACCGUCAUAGAAAAUGAAGAGCCUCAAUGA